AUGGACUGGGUCACGGCCCAGGCCUGCCAGAAGGAACUGAGUUGCGUUAUCUGCAUGAGCACUUUCCUUGACCCGGUCACCACAGCCUGUGGGCACAGCUUUUGCCGACCCUGUCUCUGCCUGGCCUGGGAAGCAACCCAGGGCCCCGCCAGCUGCCCCAUCUGCAGGGAGCCCGCCCAGCAGAGGGACCUGGUGACCAACGUGGUGCUGAAGGGCCUGGCCGCCAUCGCCAGGAGAGCCGGCCUCAGGAGGUUCCUGCGCUCGGAGGAAGGCGUGUGCGGGACGCACGGGGAGCCCAGGCAGAACUUCUGCGAGGUGGACAAGGACCUGCUGUGUGGGCGCUGCUCCGGGUCCCGCGAGCACGAGGCCCACCGACACCACCCAGUCGAAUGGGCGGUCGAGGAGCAGCGGGAGACGAUUCUCAAGCAAAUGCGUGCCGUGUGGGAGAAGGUGCAAGAGAACCGGGCAGAAAUCGCCGAGCAGAGGGGAACCAUCGACCAGUGGAUCUCCUACGUGAACCUGCACCGAGGGAUGGCCUCGGAUGUGUUUGCCAUGCUGCAUCUGGCUUCCCCGGAGGAGGAGAGAUCAUAUUCCGAGACGCUUCUCCACGAGGGGAGCGUGAUUUUACUGCAUCUCAGAGCCACGGAAACCCAAAUGCUUCAGUAUGGGCGUCACCUGCGAAAAACCUAUCAGGAGCUGAUGAGGACAUACCAGAUGGCAGAGGGGGACCUUCUCCGGGAGGCGGAAUCCACCCUGGAGAGCUGCGAGGCGCUGUUGGCUUGCAUGCCUCGUCCCCUGAUGCUGCAGCUCAAGCCUCCCCCAGUCCCUGGGCUGAUGGAGAGGCUGGAGCGGUUCCGAGUGGACAUUUCCUUCCAGAAAGCCACACAUGAUCCACUUAGGCCGGCCGGGCAGAGGGGAGACCACGCAGAUGCGCUUUGGAACUCGGAAGGCAGCCACGCGCCCGUGAGCCAAUCCGGGGACCUUUUCCUCCUCUUGUGUGUGAAGGGGAACACGCACUACAGCCUCUUCACCACCUCCCCGGUGCUUCCUCACUACGUGGAACGGCCAUUGGGCCGUGUUGGCGUGCUUCUGGAUCUCGACAAUGGAAGUGUGAGCUUUUGGAAUGUAGCCAAGAGGUCCCUCAUCUGGAGGUACCCCAACGGCUCUUUCCAGUUCCCCGUCAGGCCCCUUCUCCAUGGUGCUGUCUCAGGAUUGUACCAUGGUUCAUCUGCUGUAAAGCUAGGGUACCUGGAGGAUUUCACACCCAUGCUGUGA